UUUAGUGACACCAAACACACUAGUCGGAAAGAUGGCGGUGACUUUGAGGGGUGGAUGUGUACAACUGCUGAGAACGUGUCGGAGCUUACAAAGUCAACAUGUUCAUGUUCCCGUUAUUAAUCAGAUAGGUGUCCAGUUCCCUGCGCUAGUACGUCAUUGCAGUUCUCAGAGCGUUAAGUUGCCAUCGAGAACAGUUCCAGAGACGUCCCUGUCCAGACCACCAUGGCCUGAGUUGACCCCCAUUGACCCUGAGGAGCAGAGAGAGCAACACGCAGCGGUGGUGCAGAAGGUGAAUGGCGUGCUUGCCCAGGGUGAUCUCGGGAGGUUGUUUGCGGUGGUGCACUUCGCCAGCCGCCAGUGGAAGGUGACCAAUGAGGACCUGAUCCUCAUAGAGAACCACAUAGAGGCCGAGUGUGGGGACAGGAUUCGGAUGGAGAAGGUGCUGAUGGUUGGAGGAGAAGACUUUACUAUGAUUGGCAGGCCACUUUUGGGCAGAAACCUGGUCAGAGUGGAAGCUACGGUGGUUGAGAAGACAGAGUCCUGGCCCAAAGUUCACAUGCGCUUCUGGAAGAGACACCGCUUCCAGAAGAAGAAAAUUGUUAUCCAGCCACAGACCAUCCUAAGGAUCAACUCCAUAGAAGUGACUCCUAUGCUCUCAUGAUUUCAGUUUCUGUAUUUCUCUUUGUAAAUAUGCUUACUCACUGUGCUGAAAUUAACAAAUGGUUUGUGACAAUUAUGAAAUAAAGUUUUCCAAAAGUGUUUA